GUCAUUUUUUUUGUUUUUUAGUUUUUAAAAAAUCUUUAAAAAUUUUUAAAAAUUUUUUCCUCGAAUUUCCUGUUAAAAAUUUCAAUUUUCUCCCAAAAAUGGAAAAUUCAAUCAACGGCGACGUCAAAAACAUUUCUGGAAGGAAAACAACAAAUUCUGCACAGACAAACGGGCAAACACACAUUCCAGCUUCAAAUCAUUCCUCCCCGGCCAGAAAUCCUUUAAAUAGCAAUUUGGGGGUAGCGAGGAGAAGACGAACUGUGAUUAAACGGGGAAAUGAGCCUCCAGCUGCUACGAGGUUUUUUUUUUAAUUUUUAAAUUAUUUUUGGGGGUUCGGGUUGGAUUUUUGGGGUGUUUUCCAAAAUAUUCCCUUUUUUCGAAGUAAGGUUUGUAGGCUCCUACAAAAUUUUUUUCUUGGAAAUUUUCUGAGGGUUUUCGUGUGUUUCGACUUUUCCGACUUUCUCGCGAUUUUUGUAAAUUUUUGUAGAAAUUUUGGGCAAACUUGUCUGUUAUCUAUUGU